AUGGAAGAGAAAAAUAUCAGAAACACAAAAAUUAUAUCAAAAUAUGAAAAACUGUUUCAUCAUCUACAUGUGGAAUUUCCAGAACUAACAGAAUUAUCAUCAAAAACCUUAGAAACCUUCAAUGUUAGUAAAAAAAAAAAAUCUGCAACAAUUGAAGUAUUUCAAGAGAGAAUAGAAAAGGUAAAGAAAAGAAAAGAACAACGUUCAACACCUCAGGAAGGCUUUUAUAAAAAUAGGCCACUAUUUGAUCUCCAAGAAGCUGCUAAAAAAUGCCCCAUUAUGAAGAUGACUAGAUUUCAAAAACGGGAGAUUUAUCAAUUGAUUGGUGUGCCCAAGCUACAAUCCAAAUAUGAAGAUAAAAUUGAGGAAAUGUUCCAAGAAGUCCAAAAGGAAUAUUCUGAAGUAACCCAUGCAGUAGCAGUUCAGCAGAAAAUCAAACAAUCAAUAGAAAUACCUGGUUACUUUAAUAUACAGCCUUUCAAACACAUUGGUCGAUCUAAGAAAUACAAAAUAUUUAUUCAAAGGAGAAAAGAGCUGCACAGUACCUGGAUGCUGCACCAUCCACUUCAAAAAUCGAUUAUAGAUGAAUUCAGCACCCUACCUGAAAUAUUGCUAGAUAUUGAUAGGAAGAAUGGAGAGAUCAUAGAUUUUGAAGACUUGGAGUAUCAGAUGCAAAAAAGUAUUAUUGAUAUUAGUCGGAUAAUACAGGAUUUCUAUUGGAAAAUCGAGAUCAAAGUGCAGAAUGAAAUGCCAGACUUACAUCCUUCACUGUUGGAUAAGUUUUUUGGUUCUUGUACAUGCGUUGUUUCCAUCCACCUUAGCCAAGUAAUAAAAAAUACGUUGAACUACAUCGUCAAUUUGACUAACUCAAGAGCAAUGCCUUUGUUGAAUGUUCAUGUAACUUUCAAUGGAAAAAUGGAAAUUUUUCCUACUCCAGAACAAACUUCCAUUCUUUUUCAAUGCUUAAUUAAGGAUGUCCUCGCUCUUACUAAACCAUUGAAAGUAUUGCACAAUCACAAAUUCAAGAAAAACAGUAACCAGCGUAUAUCUAUCUACCUAACUAAAGAAUUCAUAAACAACAGCUUACAAACUAUUCACAACAAUAUAUUUGCCAUGUAUGAACCAUUACUUGACUAUAUUGAACGUUUGAACAAUAAAAUCAAAGAAGUAUACGAGGAUAUAAACGGAGAUUCAUUUAUCUCAGAUUUAGAUUUUAUAGUAGGGUGCGAUAAAAUAAGGUACUAUUCUAAUUAUUAUAGCAAGGUGUCUUUGAUACCCAAGCAUGUACAGUUUGAUACUGGAGUACUCAAUGUUUCAAAGUUUAUUGCAAAAAUACAAAAAGGAUUGUUAAAACAAAAAUAUAAGUAUUUUCAAGCUCUAACAUCUCAAAAUCUAUGGGAAAUGAAUGAUAUCUAUGAAAGUUUUGCUAUUAUAAAAACAAGAGCAGAAACUAAAUCUCUAACCACAGAACAAACUAUAGAAAUCGGAAAGUAUAUGACUUGGGUGAAAUCUGAAUUCAUCCAAGAAGCCACAAAUAGAACUGCUGAAUCUUUAUUACAACUAGCCACUUUACUCGAACUUGGAGUCCUAGAUGAUAACCAUUUGAGUUUGAAUAUCAAAGUAGUCAAGGAACUAGACGAAAUAGAACCUCUGGUGCUCGAGAAUCUAUCAAUGUACGAACAGUUGAAAUUUGAAGCUGAAGAAAAACUACAGAAACAGAUUGAAAAUGUGAAUGAAAUAACUAAAGCAGUACAUCCCAUUCUUUGUCUUUUAGAUGAAAUGGACGACAUUCUAAACAUUCGACAUUACCUAGGUAAAAUCAAUUUACACCUGCUAAAAAUUAAGCACAUUGAGACACAGAUAGUUUGGAUAAACACAGAAGAAGUGUCUUUAAGCUUUCCGAAGUCCGCCUAUCCUGAAUUUCAAGAACUGAAGAAUUAUGUCUACCCUUUCUUCCAUCUAAUGAAAUUGUCUUUAGAUGUUCAGAGGAAUAUAUCAGUAUGGUUGGAUGGUCAGUUUGACUUACAGUCGUAUGACGAAACCAAAAUAAAAAUCGAAGGAUAUCACAAGGAACUGACAGAGAUAUACAAAGACUAUAGGAAAAAAUUGAGACAGGCUCAAGACGAUAAUCUGCAGAUGCGGUUUAAAGGUACUGUAGAUGAUCCUGACAUUUUAAAUUGGCCAGCUCCCUUGAAAAUUUGCUCUAAAACUAUUAAAUUAAUUGAAGAUUUCCAGCCUUGCCUUUCCCUGAUGAAAAUUGUUUGCAAUCAAUCACUCAGAAACAGACAUUGGAAAGAGAUGUCAUCAAUAGCUAAAAUAGAUCUAUCUCCAAACGCCGGUAGCACACUAAGAAAACUACUGACAUACAAUUUAAAACCAUUUUUGAAUCCUUUAGAAAUAAUAAGUCAAGGUGCAAGCCAUGAGCAGGAACUUUUGGAUAUAAUUUUAGGAAUGAGGAAGAAUUGUCAGACUGUUAGAUUGAAAGACGAUGUUUACAAACAAACAAAUCUGAUAAUCUUUUCUAAUUUGAUUGAUGUGGUCAAAUUUAUUGCGAAGAAUAUCGAAAAACUACUGAUUUUGAGUAGGUCUGCUUUUGCAAGACCUCACAAAAAGAUAAUAGAGGAUUUUUCAAAUGAUUUGGUGAGACUUAAAGACAUUCUUACUAUUUACAAGAAACUUCAGGACAAAUUUUAUCAUUUAUUGCCCUUCUUCACAUUCAUAAAUGAAAACAAAGAAAAACUGGAACAAACAAAAGAAUUUAAUAGAAUAACAGAAUUCAAGAUGAACUUAUAUUCAACACUGAAAAAUGAAAACAUUUUUGAUUUAUUGAAAAAGGUUGAUAUUUCAAUAGAAAUACAGGAGAAUUAUAAUUUUUUCAAAAGUAUUUAUUUUGGUGUCAGACAAUAUCUGGAUUCCUUACGUUUGAAGUUUCCUAGAUUUUACUUCUUUUCUAAUGAAGAACUCAUUGAAAUAUUGUCAAAUACAACAUUAGACGAAACAAUAAUUGAAAAAUACAUCACAAAAUGUUUUUCAGGUAUAUCCAAAUUGAAAAUACAAAACAAAAAUAUCGUUGCUAUUGAAAAUUGUUUCUGUGAAGAAAUUAUGUUUACUGCAAAUUGCAUCAAUAUUGAUAGAAAAUUAGUCAACAUCUUCAUUGUAACUGAACAAGUUCUUCAGAAAGAAAUGAUUCAACAAGUACUUACAGCAACUAAAAGCAACCUAAAUGAAGAAGAAGUGCUUUCAAAGCAUUUAUCUCAAGCUUUAUUGAUUGCAUUGGAAAUAUGGUGUACAUUUUUGAUGCAUCAAAUAAUAAACGGUGAUGAAAAUAGGCCAGGAGAAAUAACAUUAAAAUUGGAAAACUAUGUGAAAUGGCUCAGAGACAAAAAAUUUUCACAUUUGAAAAAAAAUAUAUUGAAGAAUAUCAUUAUAUUUUUAAUGCAAUAUGAAGAGUUCAUAGCGAAAAUAACAUUGGAAAGUAUUACAGAGGAAGAUUUUAUUUGGUUGACUAAAAUAAAAUAUUAUUUGGACAAUGACAUUUGCAUCAUAAGGGUGUUGAAUUUUUCUUUAACUUAUGGAUAUGAACUGUAUGAGGAUUUUUCAUUGGGUAUUUGUACUCCCUACACUGAAAGGUGUUAUAUGAAUUUAUUGUAUGCUUACAGUUUAAACAGUAACAGUGCUAUACAUGGAGAUGCUUGUUCAGGAAAAACUGAAACCUUCAAACAAGUCGCUGUGGCUCUUGGUGUUAAUUAUAAGGUUAUAUCUUGUUCAGAGUGUAUUACUUAUGAUAUACUUGAGAGGUUAUUGAUUGGUAGUAUCAAGGGAAGGAUGUGGUUAUGUCUUGAUGAAAUAAACAAAGUUGAAUUUAGCGUUUUAUCUCAACUGUCAGACUUGCUUCAGAAGUUAAACAAUUCUAAUGUUAUGGUAAGAAAUAACCAAAUUCAGAGUUUUGUGUGUAUGACAAUGAGUGCUUCAUUUCCUAAAGUAACUGAUCUACCAAUGACCUUCAAGAGUCAACUGAGAUGUAUUGGUAUACUUCCUAUGGAUUUCAGUAGGUUGAGCGAGUUACAUUUAUUAGCUUCAGGUUAUCAAAAUGCUAAGCACUUAUCUAGAUGUGUAGACUGUCUGUUUAAAACGUUACCCGAUAUCCUAUCAAGAAAUUCUUACAGAUUUUCAGUGAAAUUAUUGAAGAAAGUCCUAAAUUCUUGCAGUGAAGAAACAGAAGUAUCUGCAGGUGAAGAAAAAGUAAUUCUUGUGAGAGCUCUAUGCAACACUAUCGAACCUAUGCUAGCUCAAGAUGAUACUUUAAUUUUCAGAAUGAUUAUAGGAAAAAUUUUUCAUUUAUGUCCACCACUUUAUGAGUUUGAGAACACUGAAUUGAGGACGAAAAUAAUCUCUUACUUAGAAAACAACCAUCUAUAUCCUGCAAGAAUAUAUGUUGACAGAAUUCUACAGAUGGCGGAAGCAGUUACUUUGAAACAAAAUGUGAUCCUUUUAGGCAACAUAUUUUCUGGUAAAACUAACGCAAUCAAAACACUUUAUAACUUGAUAACGGAUGACAAAAGAACCAUGGAAGUUAUAAAUCCUUCUAUAUUCAACACAACUGAACUUUAUGGUUAUAUGGAUUUCAAUUACGACCUGUGGCAAGAUGGAAUUCUCUCAAAAAUCUUUAGGAAGUUUUCAACACUAGAUGGAUGUUGGUUGGUGAUUGAUAGUCCAGUACAAAGUUAUUGGAUAGAAACUUUGUACUCUGUUCUAGAAGAGAAAAGGAUCUUUACAUUGGGUUCAGGUGACUUCCUAGAGAUGAAAAAUUCAAAUCCGAUAAUAUUUGAAGUUGCAGACUUGAAUAAAGCUUCUCCCUCUUUAGUCUCCCGUUGCUGUGUUAUACACUUUGAAACAUCUUCAGAACCUUGGCUUGAGUUGGUGAAACCAUGGAUUAAAAAAAACUAUAUCAAUUGGCCUGAUAAUGUCCAACAACUUCUUGAAGAUCUUAUAUUUUGGUUAGUUCCAGCUUUAUUGGAGUUCAUUGAUGAGCAUUGCAUCCAAGUAUAUCCUUUGGGAGAAUUUUAUCUUGUUAAGAGAACUGUUGAUUAUAUUCAAAUUCUUUUGAUGGAAGUAUUUGCCAGAAGAGAUGAAGAUUUGAAAAAUGUUAUGAUAUGGCUUCAGGCUAGCGUUUUUCUGGGAAUCUACAAUGGAUUAACUGCAACAUUCGAUUACAAUUCUCUGAUAAAGUUUGAUAUAUAUUUCAAGCAAUUAUCCAGAAAUCAAGUGGCAGAACAUCCUCUUCCUGAAUCUAUCGAAAAAAUUGAUAUUAAUGUGCCCACAGAAGGUCUACUUUCCGAAUAUUUUUACAUAUACAAAGGAAGAGGAACAUUCAAAUAUCUCCCAGACACCUUGAAAAAUGAAAAAGUAAUAUUUAAAACUUACAUAAAUGAUUUAAUGAUUCCAACAUCUGAUACUUUGAGAACCUUAACAAUUUUAGAGAUGCACAUAUUGAAUAACUUUCCUGUUAUAUUAACUGGACCAACUGGAACAGCCAAAACCCUUUGUAUAAAUCAUUAUGUAAACCAUGUAUUGGAUCAAUCCAAAUAUACCUCGAUUUUUUUGAAAUUUAUUCCACGAUUAACAUCGAAAAGGUUGCAAAGUGCUAUACAAUCAAAUCUUCUGAAACAAAUUUCGUUUAAUGGCGCAAACAUAACCAGAAAAAAUUUAAUUAUUAUAGAAGAUUUGAAUGUUCUUUCCUUGAAUGAGAACAAAGUAUCUGGAGUUGUUGAAUUAAUGCGACAAACUUUGGAGUAUCAAUUUUGGUACAGUAAUGAUAAUUUCGAGAAAGUUAUGAUGGAAAAUAUAGGAUUUGUAGGGACUAUAGGACUAGGAGAUUUAAAUAAAAAUAUAUGUAAUAGGUUACUCAAAAACUUCAAUAUCUUUCGGAUAAAUGAUAUAUCGGAUGAGAACAUUGUGAGAAUCUUUUCAAACAUAAUACAAGUGGAAUGGAGAAAGAAUGGGUUUGCUGCAGACAUAGCGCUGGUUACAAAUUCACUUAUGAAUGCCACUUUGAGCAUCUAUGAAUUCUGUGUGGAAAACUUCAAAACCAGCCCAUUAAAAUUCAGUUAUUCUUAUAAUGUUUGGGAUUUCUUGAAGGUAAUUCGAGGCUUAUUUCUACUUAAAAAAGAAUUGGCAGAUUCCAACAAGAAAAUAUUCUACAAAUUGUGGGUCAACGAAUGCGCUAGAGUGUUUGGAGACAGACUUGUCGAUGUGGAAACAAGAAAUGAACUUUAUAAGGAACUGAUGAUUACCUUCGAACUUCAAUUCAAGGAAUGCUUUGGUGAAGUUUUCAACAAAAUCAAAUUUCAGGAAAUCGAUAAUAAGAUUAUAUUUGGAACCUUCGCAAACUCGGAUAGUAGAUACGAAGAGAUGGAAUAUGAAAACUUGAAAGAUAGUCUUGAAGAUUUCUCAAAAAAAUACCAAAUUAAAACAGGCGUGAAGUUAGUAUUGUUCAAUGAGGUUUUACCAAAAAUAAUCAAAAUUUCUCGAUUACUAGCGAUUAAAAACUCUCAUGGUAUGCUUUUAGGAGUAUCUGGAACAGGAAGAAAAACAUUAAUUGACCUUUCCUCUAUAAUGCAUAAGUGUAAUGUAUUCAAUCCUAAAAUAUCCUACAAGUACGAUGAAAAAAAAUGGCAUGCAACCUUUAAAGACAUCCUCCUCCAUUCUGGAGGUCAAGGUAAAGCAGCUGUAAUGUAUUUAAAUGAAGAACACUUGGCCUACCCAUUCAUUCUGCAGGAUAUUAACUUCUUUUUAAAAAACGGAGACAUCAUUGAUCUUUUUGAGAUAGAGGAAGAACCUAUGGUUCUCAAUAUGGUAAGAUUGGACGCGCAAUGCGGUAACCCCAAUGUAAACAUUAGUUCACAUGAUGUUUAUGCCUUUUUUGUUGAGAGAUGUAGAACAAAACUGCACUUGUUUCUAAGUUUGAACUGUACACCAACGGAUUUAGAAAUGAGAACUUGCAUGUUCCAAUCUUUGGUCAAAUAUUGUACCCCUAUUUGGUUCGAGGAAUGGUCUAAAACAGCUUUCAUAGAUAUUUCUUAUAGAUGGAUAGAAGAUUGCAAUAUUCCAGAAAAGAUACAAAAAAAAGUUCCCGAGUUCUUUGUUAAAUUCUUCAACGACAGUAGGCUGUUAAGUGAAAAACUCUUCAAUAAACUCGGUAAGAGGUUUCACAUUACCACUAGGACUUUUGUGGAAUUUUUACAACUCUACGUAGAUAUAAUAAGCAAGGAAGAAACAGCGCUGAAAGAGAAGAAAGAGAAAUUCCUUAUUGGGCUGAGAAAAUUAAAAUAUGCAGAUGACCAAAUCAAAAAGUUGCAAGAACAUCUUUGCGCUUACCAGUUACAAUUGAGGAUUAUGUCCAAGAAAGCUGGCGACAUGACCAGACAGAUUGCCAGAGAGACUCUAGAUGUAGAGAGGGCUUCAGACCUCGUAAAAAAAGAUGAACAGAUUGCUAAUAAGCAAGCAGAAGCCGCCGCCAUCCUUAAGGCUGACUGUGAGAUAGACCUUGCACAAGCUAUACCCAUCUUAGAAGAUGCCAUUCAAGCUUUGAACACACUAAAACCACCUGAUAUUACUUUGGUUAAAUCCAUGAAGAAUCCUCCAGAUGCCAUCAAGUUGGUGAUGGCUGCAGUUUGUGUAAUAAAAGAUGUUAAACCAGAUAGGAUUCCAGAUCCGUCAACAGGUAGAAAAUUGAUCGAUUAUUGGGGUCCUAGCAAGAGGAUUUUAGGAGAUAUGAACUUCCUGCAAAGCCUGAAGGAUUUUGACAAAGACCAUAUAAAACCUGAGAUAAUGGUUAAGGUUAGGAAGGACUAUCUGUCUCACAAAGACUUCAAACCACAUGUGGUGGCCAAAGCAUCAAGUGCAGCUGAAGGACUGUGCAAAUGGAUCAUAGCGAUGGAUAUGUACGAUAAGGUAGCUAAGGAAGUAGCCCCAAAAAAAGAGAAACUGGAGAAAGCGGAAAAAGAAUACGCUCAAACGGUCGCCAUACUUGAAGAGAAGAAGUUAGAAGUUGUUCGGUUGGAGAAACAGCUUGCACAACUGAAUGCCAAGCUUCAAGAAGCUAAUAAAAAACAGAGUCGUCUUCAAAAGACAGCAGACGCAUGCAACAGAAAACUAGAACGGUCUGUAAUGUUGCUCACGGGAUUUGAAGAUGAAAAAGUGCAGUGGUCCAAUGAAGUAGCUAAUUUAGAGCUGAAACAUAAAUGUCUUAGCGGAGAUGUACUUCUAACUAGUGCUUUAAUCUCCUACCUAUCAGCUGUUCCGUUAGAAUUUAGAAAAGGUACCAUCAAUAAAUGGUAUAAUUAUUUGAGAGAUAAUAGUAUUCCAAUAUCAGAAAAUUGGGACUUAACCACAACUUUAAUUUCAAACAAUGUGGAUUUUCGGGGAUUACCAAAGGAAAAAUAUUUCUACGAGAACAGCAUAAUCUAUCAGUAUUCCCACAAAUACAGUUUAAUCAUAGAUCCUCAUGAUCUUGCCCUAAGAUGGAUCCAAAAAAAUAUCGAUACCAAUCGUCUACACAUCACAAAAUACAGUAGCUCCAAUUUUAUUGAAGACGUUAAGUUCUGUCUAACUUCAGGAAAAUUACUUCUUGUUCAAAAUGUUGGCAAAGAUAUUUCCAGUAGUCUUAAUACCAUAUUCAACAAAGAAUCAACUCCUGAAGAAGAUGGAUAUUUUCUAGACUUCGAAGGCGAACAUUUGAAAUUUAACAAAAGCUUCCAAUUAAUAAUUUUAACUAAACUAAGAUCUCCAAAUUAUAAAAGUGAAAUUUCAGACAAAAUAAAAAUAUUAGAUUUUACAACAACAAAUCAUGUUCUACAAAAAAAAUUGUUGGGUCUCGUGAUAAAAACUGAAAAUUCUUUAGUGAGUAAGCAAAUCAGUAUAUAUAAAAAGAAGCAGGUGAAAAAUGAGAAUCUAAUGAAGCAAUAUCAAGAAAACAUUCUGAAAACUUUGUCUAAUGCAGAAGCUGAUCUUCUAGAAGAUAACAAAGCAUUGAAAAUUCUUGAUGAUACCAAAACUUUAUACAAAUCAAUCAAUAAAGAAAUAUAUCUACCAGAUAAAGUUGUUCCAACUUUUGAAGGACUUGAGAAAAACUACACUGAAUUUUCUCAUUAUGCUUGCAACAUUUUCCUCUGUAUAGAGGAAUUUUGCAGAAUCAACAAAAACAUAAAAUUUUCCUACAAACAGUUCUUGAGUAUUUUUAGGAAAUCAAUUUUGGAAGCACCUUUAUCAAGUGACAUUGUCAAAAGGAUACAUAACAUUAACCUUUGCUUCACAUUCACUAUUUCAAGAUAUAUAGGAAGGAUAGUUUCUCCUGGAAAAGCCUUAAAUUUUCUCUUUCAUAUUUCUUGUACAAUCUUAUUGUUUAAAGGAAUGACUUCUAAAGAAGAAAUUCAGUUACUAUGUAAAAUAAGUGACGCAAAAAGGAUAUUAAUUCCUACCCAAAUAUGUAACCAACUAAAAGGUCAACUACAGGAUAAUCAAGAAGACAUAGCUAAAAAAAUGCAGUAUCUUCAGCAGGUGGAAGAAUUUAAAGAUAUCAUGAAAUUUGAGAUUGACAAUCAAAUGGCUUGGAACAUAUUUUUAGAUCAGAAAAACCCUGAAGACCAUCAAUUACCACAUCCUUGGCAAAACAAAUUGAAUGAGCUCCAAAAGUUCAUAUUACUUCAAACUUUAAGACCUGAUAGAACCAAAGAAUGUAUGAGAAAAUUUAUAUCCAAUAUCCUAGGAGAGCAAUAUAUUUGUCCUUAUGAAAUUAAUUUAGAAGAACUAUAUGCUGAAUCAUUCUGUCUCUCUCCAAUUCUUUUUUUAACAACAAACAAUAGUUCACCUCUGAACAAAAUCAAGAAUUUUGCUAUGCGUAAGAAAUUCUACAACAAAUUUCGAUCUAUCUGUAUUUCAGAGGGUGACAACACACUAGCUGAAACUCUUAUAAUAAAUGGUCAGACUGAGGGCUUGUGGGUAUGCAUCCUCAAUUGUCAUCUGUCUAAAACUUGGAAGUAUAAUCUAGAAAAAAUAUGCGAAGUUAUGUCUUUCGAAAACACCCAUGAGAACUUUAGAUUAUGGCUGGUUUCUGAUGUUUCUUUCGAUUUAACCAAUGAUCUACAGGAAAAAUGUGUCAGAAUAGUAUAUGGAGACACAGAUUCCUUCAAAAGCAAUCUUCUUGUUUCCUACAAAGAAUUUGUUGAUGAUGUGACUUUACAAGAAUAUCAAAAUUAUUCAAAUCUAACUGUGAGACUUAUAUACAGGAUGGUAUGUUUCCAUACAGUCAUCAAGUGGCGUUCAAUGUUCAAAAGCAGUGCAUGGAACAAUCCCUUUGAAUUUGGGGACUAUGACUUGAGAGUUGCUUUGAAGUUGUUACCUACAAUUAUUGACACAUUUGUACCUAAAGAUGCUUAUAAGUAUCUGAUCGGAGAGACUUUUUAUUGCGGUCAAUUCUUGGAUGAGCUUGAUUAUGAAGUUUCAAAAACAUUAUUUCAAGAAUUCAUAAAUUUGGACGAAGUUUCCUUAUUUUCCAUUCCCACGAAAAAUGAUAUUCAUGAUUAUAUUGCUCAUAUAAAAGACAAACUUCCAUCAGAAGAGGUACCUGAACUUUUUGGUUUUAAUGAGGUGUCCUUACGUAGAAAAAACAUUUCAGAGAGUUCACUCUUCAAUUCAUACAUUUCUUCAAGAAAUCAAUUAUGGAAUGAUAAUAUCCAAUAUGAACAACUGAAAGAAAUGAUUAAAACAUCAUAUGAAUUAAUAGAUGUUAAAAUUGGAUGUAAAACUAGACUAAACACAGACCAGAAAAUGUUAGAAUUUGUCUUGAAACAGGAAAUUGAAUGUUAUACUAAACUAAGAAAUCAACUAUUGAAAUAUUUGAAAAUUCUUGAAACAACUUUAACGAAUAAUUUAUUGCUUUCUUCAACACUGCAAGAAAUUGUCAAUGACAUGCUCAAGAAUAAAAUUCCCAAAAAAUUUUUGAAAUAUUCUUUUGUGAGCAAUUUGAAUUAUUCCUCUUUCAUUUUGAAUUUGAGGGAACGUUUACUUUUUGUGAAAGGAUGGGAGUCUAUGAUACCAGAUAGUUUUUGGAUAUCUGCCUUCUUUCAUCCUAAUGCACUUUUAACAACUCAAAAAAUCUUAUAUACACAGAAGUUUCAUAAAAACUUGGAAGAAUUUUCAAACAUUUAUCAAAUAGAGGAUUCAUCAGAAAAUAAUGGAUUCAAAAUUUAUGGUUUAUAUUUAAUUAAUGCUAAGUUGAAUUAUGUCAAUAAGCAUAUAGAACUGUUACCCAGAAAUAUUUAUUCUGAUGAAAUGUCUCCCAUUUCAAUAAUUCCAUUGUCUGAAAAUAAGGAAUUAUCUUACAACUGUCCUGUCUAUAGAACUGAUAGACGAAGUCAUAUAACGGGAGCUAAAUAUCUCAGAAAUUUUAUUUUUAUGCUUGAAUUUGAGUCCAAUGUUCCAAAAAAUAUGCUAGUUAAAUUAGGUGUUGCUUCAGUAUGUGAAAAACCCAAAGAAUAUUUAUAA